UCGCCGCGCGUAACGGUGUCGCUUGACUUUACGCGGUCCCGCGUUGUUUUUAGUGCAGUGUCGUGAGGGUGCCGAAGUGGCGGGCUUCCUAGCCGCAGGUAGGGGGGGUCAUGCCCCCUUCCACCAGCACCAUAUUGGUAAAAGUCAGUGUCCUGUGUCUCAAUAUUCAGACUAAUUUUUUUUCACAAGUUUUUAACGAACAUUGAAUGUGAUUUAGCAUCAGUGAUGCCAACAUACGGAGGAAGAGGUGAGGCAGGCGGUGCCAUGGCCUGCGCCGGCUGCGAGAAGCCGAUUUUGGAUAAAUUUCUACUUCACGUAUUGGAGCGGGCGUGGCACGCGGCCUGCGUUAGAUGCGCGGACUGCCGAGCGCCCCUCGCAGAUAAAUGCUAUUCCAGAGAUAACAAACUGUUUUGCAGGAAUGAUUUCUUCAGACGUUACGGUACGAAAUGCAGUGGCUGUGGUCACGGUAUCUCACCAUCAGACCUGGUGAGGAAAGCUCGGGAGAAGGUGUUCCACCUAAAUUGCUUCACCUGCCUGGUCUGCCGGAAACAGUUGUCUACUGGAGAAGAGCUAUAUGUCCUGGACGACAAUAAGUUUAUAUGCAAGGAGGAUUAUCUUGCGGGAAAGGCACCGACGCAUUCAGAUUCCCUGCUCGGGUCAGGGUCGGAUGAGGAGGAAGAUGAAGAAUCAAGAACAGCGAACAACUCGAGUAGUCCGGCACAUGCGACGCACCCGGCAUUACAUUCAGAGCUAUCACACAAUGGUGACACAAAACCACACGAGGAUUCAGAAGACCAGGGAUCUUUGGACGGAGACCCCGAGACCCGGGACUCGCAGGCCGAGAACAAGUCACCCGAUGACGGGAACGGGGGAUCAAAACGCCGGGGACCUCGAACCACGAUCAAAGCAAAGCAGUUGGAGAUUCUGAAGUCAGCAUUCUCGCAAACGCCGAAACCGACAAGGCACAUACGAGAACAGUUGGCGAAGGAGACGGGUCUACCCAUGAGAGUGAUACAGGUGUGGUUUCAAAAUAAGCGUUCAAAAGAACGACGCCUGAAACAGUUGACUUCAAUGGGUCGGGGCCCAUUUUUCGGGUCGUCUCGCAAGAUGCGCGGCUUCCCGAUGAACCUGUCACCGGGAGGUCUGGAGGAGGGGCCUCCGGGGUUCCCAUAUUUCGCGACAGCAGAUGGCAAGUUCGAGUUUGGCUAUGGCCCGCCGUUCCACCAUGAUGCGCCGUUCUUCCAUCCACCGCCGUCUAUGCCAUUUAACCAGCCAGGUCGUUUUGCAGGCGGAAUGGAGUCACUCCAGGGGGGCGAGUUUCCCGAGCAGUUUCCCCCUCCGGACCACCUAGGGCUGCCGCGGCCGUCAUCUCCCGAGUUCACUUUUGGGGACGCCCCACCACCUCUCCACCCCGAGGGUCUCGUCUGGUAGCUGAAGCCGGAGCCGCGUGACUACCACGAUUGAUGCGGCUCGAUUGGCUUUACCGUGGACUAAGUGACGCUAAAUAUUCGGCUCAGUGACAUUUGACAAGUGACAUUUGGCUAAGUGACGUUUGGCUUAGUGACAGUUUGAGGCAUAACCUCUUUAGUUUAAUGGAUGCAAUAGUAGCAUAUAACAUAUUGACAUAUUUGUGUUUUUAUUAUUUUGGUAUUUUUGAAAGGUUAAAUAGAGAUCAAUAAUUUUAAUUUGAUUAACACCUAUAUAUUUGCUUGGGAAUUCCAACUGUAAAUAAUGAUUGUCUAUUAUGAGUAAUGUGAUUAAAUUGUGAAUAUUGUACAGAAAUUUUAUAUAAAAAUAAACAUAAUUUAUUUAAUAGAUCUACAAUUUUGGUUCCUAUUUUAAGAUUUCGUGUAUUUAUUUUUUUAAUAUUAGGAACUUAUAGUAAGAUUAGUUUUAAUGUACAUUCAUUUAACAUUUAUUUCAAAUUAAAUUGUAUAAAUGUAAGAUAUUUAUUAUGUACAUUGUAAAAGUAGUUUUUCUUUGCAAUUCCAUAGGGAACAUUAAAUAUAGUUAGCGACUUUUUUAUGUACUAAAUUAUAAUUAUUUAUUGGUCCCUUCUUUAACAUCUGGCUAAUUGUUUUAUUUGUAAACAACACGGAUAACGCAUUUAAUUCUCACAAUUAUUUAUUUUCAAUUGAAAAUUUUGCUAAUACGUCAACAUGAUUCUUGCAUGAAAACGAGUUUUUAAUUAAAAAUAUAAAAUUGUGAUUAAGCCUAUUUACAACUUAACUGUCCGUGUAAUGUUAAUUUAUGUGUUACAAAUACGGACGGUUUUAUUAUCGUAUUAUAUUAAAAUAAUAAAACAUUUAAACGUAUAUAUACCAGUCUUAUAAGCAUUCGUUUGCAGGCAGAAAGUUGGGCUCUGCCCUAUUCUGGUCCACCAUGAGUAUCAUCAGAUUCUAGGCUAAGUUUGGACCCUUACAACCUCCAAAGAACCCUAGGACACUUCAAUGCUUAUAGGACCAGGGCUUAAUGCCAUACAAGGAGUAUUUUACUACAUAAAAAGGUCGCGUUUAAAACAGGACGAUAUAGAUGUAUGUAUGUUUGUACUUAAAUAUAGAUAAGUGUUAAUACAAGUACUUACUGUCUGUAUUUAGUAAAUUAAUAAAUAUAAUGGAAUUGUCUGUAAGAAUAAAAAUCUAUU